AAAAUUAUAUUAAGAUGUCGAAUUUAAAAAAGCACAAUCUAAUACAAAUAUUACUUAAAAGUUUUAUGAUUCUAACAAAAAUCAUUUUUUGAAAAGAAUAAAUCAGUAUUUAAAUAGAGAUAAAAAAAGAAAAUUUGGAUUUAAAUCUAAAAAAGAGAAACUUCAAAACAUUGGAGAAAAAUUAGUUUAAAACAUAUUUAUUGACGAAGAAACAAAACUUCCUUAUGGAAUUGGAUUUGAUGAAUAUAUUGAAUAUUUAAAAGAAUAAGCUAUAGUGUCAAAAACAGAAUAAUUCUAAAAAACUUUAGAAAAAAUUUGUAAAUAAAUAGGCUGUUUAGAUGAUAUUUAAAUGAUGAAAUUUUUUUAAUUUGUUAUUGCGGAAAAAACUGCUGAUUCAUUUAAAAAUGAUUCCAGACUUUUUAUAACAAAAAGAGUAAUUGAAGAAUUAAAAAAGGAAGGAAUUUCAUAUGAAGAAAAAAAAGUGUUUUUAAAGAAAUAUUUAGGGGGAGGAAAUUAAGAUGAAUUAAUUAGAAAAGCAGAAAUUUAAAAUGAAGAAGAUCUAUAUUAAACUAUAACACCUUUAAUUUAAUAAUAAGCUUUGGAAUCUGAAACUAAAAAUAGAGCACUUUUAAGUGUUUAAAAAAAAAUAGAAUAAAACACAGAAUUCAGAAGAGUUGAAAAAAGACCAGAUAGAAUUGAUGAAAAUGAUGCUUUUUUUAGUGAAGAAAGUGAUCAAGAAAGCCAUUAUAAUGAACCUUUUUUUAAUUAUAAAUAUAAAAAAUCGUCCUUGAAAGAUCAUGUAAAUCCUUUUGUUACUUUAAAAAGAGAAGAUUUCGAUAAUUAGGCGAUUUAUAGAUAAGUUAAGAAGAAUUAUUAUAUUAAUAAAAAGAAAUAUUACGAAGAAAAUAUCUAUACUGAUGAAAAUAAAAAAAGAGAUGAUAAUUAAAACAAUUUAUAAGUUACUGAUUUUUUAAUAAAUUCUUAAGAAAAUUUAAAACCAGAAGACUAUUUAUGGAAGAACCUUUAAGAGAAUUUUUAAAGAAUUUUCCCUACUAACAUAUUAGAAGCUUAAAAAGGCUAAUAAAUAUUAAAUUAAUAAGAUGAUUUAGCCCAUGAACCAUAUGAAUAUGAUGUAUAAGAAAUACUAGAACUAAGUUAAUUAAAAUAAGAAUCAGACCAAAAAGGAAUUAAGCAUUUAAAUGAAGAUCAUUAAAUGGAAUUAGAAAUUUAUGUGAGACAAAAUUAAGACCCUUUUUUCAGACAUUAUAUUUAAAACGAUAUUAAAUAUUUCAUUGAUAGAAUUCAAGAAGGUGCUUUUGAUGUUAUGUCUGGUUUAAUGCCUUCUAGUAAAUCAAAUGACUUAGUAUAGUAUUAUGAUGCUGAUAGGGAAAAUUUAUGCCCUGAAAUUUUAGAAGAUGAAUCUUUAAGAUUAUAAUAUGAAGCUUUAAAAAAAGAAAAAAUUAGCAAACUUCGUAUUUUUAACUCAGGAAAAAGAAAAACUUCCACAUGCUUAGUUAUGAUUACUGAAGGACCUGGUAUAGUCUUAGUUAAUGGAAAAAAAAUCUUCAAUUAUUUUUGUCAUCCUUAUCAUAGAAAUAUUGCUCUUAGACCUUUGUUUUUAUCUCCUUCUUCACAUUGUUAAUAUAAUAUAAAUUUCUAUGUUAGAGGAGGUGGUGUUACUGGGUAAUCUAAUGCUUGCUAAGUCGCUCUUGCUAGAGCCCUUGGAUAAUUAAAUCCUUGUUUAAGACCAAUAUUUAUGAAAUUGGAUUUAUUACGUACGGAUUAUAGAUAAAAAGAAAGAAAAAAAACUGGUAAAUAUAAAGCAAGAAAAUCUUAUACUUAUGUUAGAAGAUGA